AUGCCUCCCAAAAAGACGCCUUCGGGCCUGGUGUCAACACCAUCACUGAAAAAGUCACAGUCCUCUGGCCAGAAGACGCUGCUUGGUUUCUUCCAACGCACACCUUCCACAGGCUCAUCCCCUGCCCUUCCCUCUCGCCAGUCUACUGCAACCCCUGGCCCACCGAAGGGACGGGAGAGAUCUGCGGCAGCGAACUCGACGUCGUCAUUGACCCCGGUGCCCAGUAGCGAUGGGCCGGAGCCGGAGACUGAGGACAGUAAGGGCGAUGUGCAGGCGAGUUCGCCUCCUUCCAAAGGUCUGCCGUCGCCAGUCUCAGCUGACGAAGGGCAGACUAAUGGAGUAGGUGAUUCGAAUGCAAGAGGCACGCCGUCGCGCAGGGCCAAGAAGACCAUCAACUAUAUCGAGUCCGAUAGUGAAGGUACUGAUGGCGAUGAUGUUUUCAAACCUAAACCUGCGAUUCGUUCGAGACCUGCGAAGCGAAGAAGGCUGUCAGAUAGUGCCGACGAGGACGUCUAUCAGCAGGAGAAUGAGGAGGUGCAAAGUGAUGACGAUGAUAUGGACAAUUUCAUAGUCCCCGACGACUCUGAAGAUGAGGUCCGUCGACCCGUCAAACGCAAAAGACCCUCGAAGCCGGUUUCACGAAAGACCUCUUCACACUUUACACCCGCUGAGGAUGAAGUGGACGAGCAGGUGGAUGUCGAGGUCGACUUUGAUGCGGAUAUGGAUCUUGCAGAAGGGUCUACAGCUCAGAAAUGGACUUAUGACCCGGAGAACCCACAGCCUCUACAACUGAGACCGAAUAAUAUCCCUUCGAAGAAACCGGGUAAACAGAAGGCUCAUUUGACAGAACCAGAAAAACGACACGCUUGGCUGGAGGAUAUCCGGGAUAUGGACAGGAACCCUCCCGGUCAUCCUGACUACGAUCCUCGAACAUUGUACAUCCCACCAAUGGCGUGGACAAAUUUCUCACCGUUUGAAAAGCAGUACUGGGAGAUCAAGCAGAAGUUCUGGGACACUAUUGUCUUCUUCAAGAAGGGAAAGUUCUAUGAACUCUACGAAAAUGAUGCCACUAUAGGCCAUCAGUUGUUUGAUCUGAAGCUGACUGACCGCGUCAACAUGCGCAUGGUGGGCGUUCCAGAAUCGAGCUUAGGGCUGUGGGCGAACCAGUUCGUAGCAAAAGGCUUCAAGAUUGCACGAGUCGAUCAACAAGAAAGCAAGUUAGCAAAGGAUAUGCGGGAACGGGCCGAAAAGGACGCAAGCGAGGACGCGAUGACUGGCUUCGGCGGCAGAAGAGGUGCGUCUAAAGGGAACAAAUCCGGCGGUGCGGCGAGUAAGAAGGAUGACAAGGUCAUCAAGAGAGAGCUGGCUUGUGUACUCACCGCAGGCACUCUGGUCGAUGGCACUAUGCUGCAGGACGACAUGGCAACCUAUUGUGUUGCAAUUAAAGAGUCGGAAGUCGACAGCUUGCCUUCGUUCGGUGUGGCGUUCGUGGAUACGGCCACGGGCCACUUUCACAUCGCAGAAUGGGUUGACGAUGCGGACCUGACUAGAUUCGAGACUUUUGUUGCUCAAACACGACCUCAAGAACUUCUGCUGGAGAAGGGUGGCGUUAGCACGAAAACGCUACGUAUUCUCAAGAACAACACCGGGCUGACCACGAUAUGGAACUACCUGAAACCAGGCAAAGAGUUCUGGGAAAGUCAUAUCACCGCCAAAGAAAUCGAAGCCUGUGAUUACUUUCCAAUGGACUGGCCGGAGGUUCUUCAACAGGCCAGAGAGAAAGAACUGCUCAUGUCUGCUCUUGGUGCCUUGAUUCAGUACUUGAGGACUCUCAAGAUUGAACGAGAACUCGUCACUCUGGGCAAUUUCACCUGGUACGACCCUAUUCGAAAGGCAGGCAGUCUUGUACUGGAUGGCCAGACAUUGAUCAACCUGGAAGUCUUCGCCAACUCUCACGAUGGAGGUCCUGAAGGUACACUGUUCCAGCUCCUGAAUAGAUGCAUCACUCCCUUCGGCAAGCGAAUGUUCAAGCAGUGGGUGUGCCAUCCUUUGAUGGACACGAAGAAAAUCAAUGCUCGUCUGGACGCUGUUGAUUCUCUAAACGCUGAUACCAAGGUGCGCGACCGCUUUACUUCGCAGAUGUCCAAGAUGCCUGAUCUUGAACGAUUGAUCUCUCGUGUCCAUGCCGGGGCAUGCAGAGUCCAAGAUUUCGUCAGUGUCCUCGAGGGAUUCGAGCAGAUUGACCACACCAUGUCUUUACUGAGAGAUGGAUCAGGCAAGCAACAAGAUGCGGAUGGUGUCAUUGGUCAGCUUAUAGCUGCCAUGCCAGACCUUGAAUCGCGAUUGAAAUACUGGACAGACGCUUUCGAUCGCGCAAAGGCCAAGGAAACAGGCAUUCUAGUGCCUGAGCGCGGCUUCGAGGAAGAUUUUGACAAUUCGCAAGACUUGAUCGAGGAGAUCCAAGAAGAAUUUAAUGUGCUCCUCCGAAAGUGGCGGAAAGAACUGGGGUCUUCUGCUAUUUGCUACCGUGACAACGGCAAAGAAAUCAUGCAACUGGAAGUUCCCACAAAAGUCAAAGGCAUCCCCAAAAACUGGGAUCAAAUGUCUGCUACACAAGCAGUGAAGCGAUACUACUUUCCAGAGCUGCGGGCUCUUGUUCGGAAACUCGAAGAAGCCCGGGAAACUCACGCACAGAUUUCCAAGGAGGUCACUCGCCGUUUCCAAGCUCGCUUCGACGAGAACUAUGAAAUCUGGCUGGCUGCAGUCAAGGUUAUCGCUCAGCUUGACUGUCUGAUCUCGUUAGCAAAGGCAAGUGCAAGCCUGGGCUAUCCAAGUUGCCGACCCGAAUUCGUCGACGACGAUGAUAGCACGCCUUCAACUUUGGAACUUGUCGAGCUUCGUCAUCCAUGUCUCCUAGCCAAGGUUGACGAUUUUAUUCCCAACGACAUUGUGCUAGGCGGGGAGAAUGCCAACAUUAGCCUGCUGACUGGAGCAAAUGCAGCAGGCAAAUCUACGGUGCUCAGAAUGACCUGCAUAGCAGUCAUCAUGGCUCAGGUUGGCUGUUACCUUCCGUGUCAGUCUGCACGGCUCACUCCAUUCGACCGGAUCAUGUCUCGCCUGGGUGCGCAAGAUCAUAUUUUCGCCGCCCAGUCGACGUUUUUCGUCGAGCUCGCUGAAACGAAGAAGAUUCUCUCUGAAGCGUCUCCUCGCAGCUUGGUCAUUCUCGACGAGCUUGGCCGUGGCACAUCCUCGCAUGACGGUGUUUCUGUGGCCCAGGCUGUGCUUCACCAUCUGGCUUCGCACGUCGGGUGUUUGGGCUUCUUUGCGACUCACUACCAUUCACUCUCUGCGGAGUUUAAGGGACAUCCCCAGAUUAUUCCACAGCGGAUGAGUAUCUUGGUCGAUGACGAGAACAGACGCGUUACAUUCUUGUACAAACUCGAAUCAGGCACUGCAGAAGGCAGCUUCGGAAUGCAUUGUGCAAGUAUGUGUGGCAUUGCUCCUGGCAUCGUCGAUAGAGCAGAGGAGGCGGCCAAGGAGUGGGAGUACACUAGUCUCAUGGCCCGGCGAUUGAAGGGCGCAGAUAAUGAGGUUGGUACCGAAGGUGAUGGCGGCCAAAGCAAGGAAAGAGAAGUCCCAUUAGGAUUGUUGAGUGAUUUGGCUUGGAUACUGGAUGAGGAACGCGGUCGCGAAAUCCAUGAACGCGGAAUCGACGCCCUUGUCAAGUGUAUUGAAGCCUUGUGA